AUGGUGGGGCUGGGUGCCGCGGAGGAUCGGGACGCUGUGUCAGGAGCCAUUGCUAGCAGCCCUGGCGACACCCCCAUCCCAGCUGCCAAGUGUGUAACAGACUAUGGAGGCAGGAGUAGAGGCUGCAAGAUCAAGGCCCUGCGUGCCAAGACCAACACCUACAUCAAGACGCCUGUUCGAGGUGAGGAGCCUGUAUUUAUCGUAACUGGCCGCAAGGAGGACGUGGAGCUGGCCAAGCGCGAGAUCCUGUCGGCUGCCGAACACUUCUCCGUGAUCCGAGCCACACGCAGCAAGGCCACUGGGCUGCCCGGCACGGCACAGGGGCCCCCCAACCUGCCAGGGCAGACCACCAUCCAGGUGCGCGUGCCCUACCGAGUGGUGGGGCUGGUGGUGGGCCCCAAGGGCGCCACCAUCAAGCGCAUUCAACAGCGGACGCACACCUACAUCGUCACGCCCGGCCGGGACAAGGAGCCCGUGUUCGCUGUCACCGGCAUGCCUGAGAAUGUGGACCGCGCCCGCGAAGAGAUCGAGGCCCACAUCACGCUGCGCACGGGCGCCUUCACCGACGUGGGCCCCGACAGUGACUUCCACACCAAUGGCACUGACGUCUGCCUGGACCUGCUGGGCGCUGCAGCCGGCCUCUGGGCCAAAGCCCCCAACCCAGGCCGGCGGCCCUCUGCGGCCACAGCCAGCCUGCGCGGAGACGGGGCCCUGGGCGCCCCUGGUGGCCCCGAGGCCUUCUACGCAGGCGGCCGUGGGGGGCCCCCGAUGCCAGACACGGGUUCCCCCAGCUCCUAUGGCAACUCGGGUAAUGGUGGCGGCUUCACCUUCGGGGGGGAUGGCCCUGGGGCCCUCGAGGACUGCGACUUUGGUUUUGACUUCCUGGCACUGGACCUGACCGUGCCUGCUGCUGCCACCAUCUGGGCCCCCUUUGAGCGGGCCACACCCCUGCCGGCCUUCAGCACCUGCUCAGCCGUCAACGGGGUGCCACCCGCUGCAGCCGCCCGCCGCCCCAGCGGGCCCGGCACCCCCCGCCACUCACCCACGCUUCCCGAGCCCGGUGGCCUGGGCUUGGAGCUGCCGCUGGCCCGCCGCACCGCGCCUGACCUAGUGGGUGCCCUGCCCUGGCUGCCUCCGCCGCCGCCCCCGCAGGCCUCACUCUCGUCCUUCUCCAGCAACUCGGGCUUCUCGGCCGCCACCUCCUCGCUGCCCAGCGGUACCUCGGUCUCCUCGGGCUCCCCGCUGGACUCGAGCGCCUCCGAGAGCAGCUGCAAGCCAGAGGUCCCCGCUGCCGCAGCUCCGGCCCCGGCCCCGGCCCCGGCCCCGGCCCGGGAGUGUGUGGUGUGCUCCGAGGGCCAGGUGAGGGCUGCGCUGGUGCCCUGUGGCCACAACCUUUUCUGCAUGGACUGUGCCAUGCGCAUCUGUGGCAAGAGUGAGCCACAGUGCCCGGCCUGCCACACGCCCGCCACCCAAGCCAUUCAUAUCUUUUCUUAG